AUGUCCUACAAAGAUCUGGAAAAAGAUUAUCCAUAUGUAUCAGUAAAGGAUACUGAUAAGUCCAAGGACUCAGACAUAGAAGAAAGUGCUGGAGUGUCACCUUCGAGCUCGCCAAUGAUAGAGCCCGACAUCACGAUUGGAACUCCAGUUGCACCUCCUAACAGAAUACCUGAAAGAGUCUCUCCUCGUAGAAAUCAGGAUGACUUCCAGCCUUGGAAGAAGAUGGCUGCUGCAAUGUCUGCUGGGGUGCCUCCUGGAACGCCUGCUAGUGCUUUAGAGGAGCAUAAAGAUGAGAAAGAUAUGAGUGCAGAGGAGAUUAUAACCCGUAGAUUACAUGCAAAUGAAAGAAGAAGGAAUCACAGAAGCAAGUGCGAACAGAUAUGUGAGUUCCUAUUUGGAUGCCUUGGAGCUUGCUGCAGAGGAUGUAUAUCUGGGAUGACUGGGAAUAGUAGAUAUUAAAAAAUUAAGUUUGGA